UGAAUACGAUGGCAAAUGUACCAAAGUUAUCAGUUAUACUCAUGACCAUCGGGGUAGGAAUAUUGCUGCUAUACGUAUCAACUAACAGGUCGGUGUUGAGGUCGUUUUUAAAACAGAACGGAUUCGGCAAACGCAAAUUUAAUCCAUCGCCGUUGCAGAAACACCCAAUCAAAGGUCAAAUUUCAACAAUAAGUCACAUAGUCUCGCAGAAUGGUCAGGAGGAACUACAAAGCGGUAUCAAGAAAUCAAAGUCCAGCAACGUUGGUUUGCCGAUCGAUAGCCACGAGGUACAACUUCUAAAUAGCAAAUUACAAAACGACGUUAAAGAAUCGAGCACGAAAUUGCAUAGUAACAAACCAAACCCAAAUGAAGCUCGUUAUUUGUUACCACUUGUUAUCUAUGGCCACCAAGGACCCAACUCCAUUUACCAUUCCUAUCGGUUUGCUAUUAACUACGCCUUACAGCAAAAUCGGAGCAUAGUACAGAUACCAUUCAGGUCCCACGACGGUAACAAUUUUGAGAAAUUUCACGAGACAUUUGACACCGACAAAUUAUCUGAAUUGCUCCCAGUAAAGUCGAUUGGAGAUUUUAGAAAAGAUUGCGGGCGGGAUAUUCCUUUCGAAUCAUUGGUGAAUUUGCGCGUGUCUAAACUUGAGGAAACUGUUUUAAAACGUGCGUCAUUGACAGAGGGAACCUCCGUGUACUCCUCAAAUAACCCAGAGUUAUACGAGAAUCUUCUAGGUAUCCAACUUCCAAUUAUUAAAGAUUACGGUCCUAGCUGGUUUGAAUCUGCAAUGCGGUAUUUUUCAUCCAUGGAUAUACCCUGCAUUGCCGUGUUCUUAGUCGAUAGCCGUAGGGUACAUGACAAAGUUAAUGAUUCUAUAGACAAUUAUGGGAGAAUUGACAGGUAUUUAAUAAGAGCAUCGUAUAUUCAAGAAACGGCAGACAAAGUGGCCAAACAGAUCUGCAAUGGUGAGGAUUUCGUUGCAUUACAUUGGAGAAAUAUGGGUACUGCUGGGUGUCGUCAUGGUGAAUGCGAAAAGAUGGAAUUGCUGUAUAAAAACAUUCCUACAUUAGUUGAAUGUAUUGAUAAAUUCGUGCGUUCAAAUAAUAUACAAUGUAUAUACGUAUCAACAAAAAGAGGUGAGAACCCGCUAAUCAGUGGAUUGAACAGUACAUCUUUAACGGUGUAUAGUCAACAGAGUAUUUUACAAAUACCAACGUUAGCCAAUGACUUGAAUAUAUUUGUGAAUGACCCUUACAAGUUUUCACUGUUAGAGCAGGAGAUAUGCAUACGUUCAAAACUUUUUAUAAAAAAUCGCUGGUCUACCUGGUCUGAUUUUGUGUUGUUCGCGAGAGAUUCUCAGAAAAAAGAAACGGUGGAUUUUACAGACAUCAAAGGCAUCCCGAGAACGUUAUUAGUAAUAAAAAGUCUCGUAAGGAAGAGAAGGAGGAAGUAG